AUGUUUUCCACCCGGUUGUUUCUGCUCCUCGCUCUUUUAGCAGCCGUUGCGCUUGCUGUCCCUGCACCGGGGCGCCAUCGGGGUCUACACAAACGUUCGUUCAUUGUACCUAGACAGGUCAACACGGCUCAUCCUACAGGCCCCAAUGGCCCUGCUGCUAUGAGAAAGGUUUACAGAAAGUACAAUUUCAAGGGUCUGAAAGAGUUCAUGGAGGACCCAGAGGGUUUCAUUGGCCAGAAGGAUGAAAAGGCACAGGGUGAGGGUGAAAACAGGACCGAGACUCGUCCUGCCUCCGAGGUCGCUGGUAAAAACCAGAGUGGAACUGUUGCUGCCAACCCUGAGCAGAAUGCUGCGCUGUUUCUUUCUCCUGUCGAAGUGGGUGGGCAGAUGUUGAACUUGGACUUUGACUCUGGCUCUUCUGACCUCUGGAUGUUCAGCACCGAAUUGGACCCUCGGGUCAUUGGCAAGCACGCCGCAUUCGAUGCCUCAAAGUCUACCACCUUUAAGAAGGCAGCUGGUGCCCAGUUCAAGAUCAGCUACGGCGAUGGAUCCGGUGCCGCUGGAACAGUAGGCACCGACACCGUCACCAUUGGCGGCGUCAAGGUCGGGAACCAAGCGAUCGAACUUGCCAAUCAGGUCUCACAAUCCUUCGUCGAGGACCUCAACACCGACGGUCUCGUUGGCCUUGCCUUCUCGCAACUCAACACUGUCACCAAUGGCGCCAAGAAGACCCCCCAGAAGACCUUCUUUGACAACGUCAUGCCUACUCUCGACCUCCCCGUCUUCACCGCCGACCUCGACCCAGACGGCACUGGUGUGUACGAAUUCGGCAAAAUCGAUGCCACAAAGUUCGAAGGUGAAAUGGCCUGGAUCCCGGUCAAAUCUGAGACUGGUUUCUGGCAAUUCCCCUCUACCAAAUUCGCAAUCGAUGACCAGACUUUUGAGAACCCGGCUGGUUCCGACGCCAUCGCCGACACGGGCACUUCCCUCCUGCUCGUCGACCAGGAGGUCGCUGAAGCAUACUACUCGCAGGUCGAGGGCGCGCAGCUCAACCAGCAGGUAGGAGGCUUCAUCUACCCCUGCGCAGCCGCACUGCCCGAUAUCUCAGUUGCUAUUGGUGAUAGCUACAUGGCCAAGAUCCCUGGUGAUCAGGUUACCUUUACCACUGUCGACCAGGCAAAUACCACGUGCUUUGGUGGCGUGCAAGGGAACCAGGGCGCCGGCAUGCAGAUCUUUGGGGAUACCAUGUUCAAGGCGCAGUUUGUGGCGUUUAAUGGGGGUAAUCAGUCCCUCGGCUUCGGGCAGAAGCCUGUUGCGGGCAAGGCCAAGGCGAGGAGGAGGGUGCCUGUGCCUAUGCCAAUGGUACCUGUGCCGCUUGAAGCGUAG